GCUCAUCUUGCGACGACAAUGAUGAACGCCUCAUCUUCUUCGAUUCAGUCCAUGGACGCCCGGCUGGCUUCGCACCUUUCUCGGAGACCGGAGCGGCGCCGAGCAAGCUGCGACGCCUGCCAUUAUCGCAAGGUCAAGUGCGAUCUGCGAGCAAAGACCGAAGCAUUGGGUGACGUCGGCGAAGUAUCCUGCACCAACUGUCUCGACCACAAUCUGCCGUGCACCGUGACCACAAAGCCGGCGAAGGACGCGAAAGGGAAGAGGCUGCGGCAGCUUCAGGGAAACCCGCCGCCGCCGCCGCCGAGUGACAUUGCCUCGAUCGCCGCGUACUCCAACUCAUCAGCGUCCAUCGAAGUCUUGUCACCACGGCGCGAGACCUCUAUAAUGGGCGCAACUCACUCCUCCCCAAUGGCCUGGUCUGUGCCGGCCUCCUCUUCGAUGCCACCUCCUCACGUUGGCUUCUGCAGCUCAGCAGGCCUAUUCAGAAUACCCGGCCUCGACCGACGCACGCUCGAUACAUGCUGCGCUGCUUACUUUCGGUGGUCACGCGCGCUCAAUGGCUGGGUGCGAGGUGAUCGCUACACGGCGCGCUAUCGAUCCUUCUUUGCGCAGUGGAACGGCCUACAGUCGAGCGUGGAGCCUGUCAGCGAGUUGCUGAUCCUGGCUGUAGCGGCUGCUGGCGCGGCCAUGAUGGAGGAAGAAGCAGCCGCUCUCGGCGUGGACAAGUUCGACUUGCAAGACCGCCUGCUGAAGCGCUUCCUCCAGCGCUUGAAGGAGCAGCCCUGGACUGAGCUCAGCGAUAGCGAGUGUCUCGAUCUCGUCAAUAGCUGUUACAUCCUGUCAUGGCUGGCCAUGGAGGACGGGGAGCCCGAAGACGACCAUGAAGGUCUCUUUGAGCGGAAACCACUCACCGACGAGUUCUUGGCCUCGCUCGUCUUCAAGACCAAACUUAAUCGAGCGCCCAAGUUGGAGCCUCGAGCGCCUCCAGACGGACCGCGCUGGCGCAGUGGACGCGGCGAGAAGCUGCUCACCGAUGCUGAGGCUUUGCAACGAGCGAGGACCUUUGCCUCGCUGUACGCGUGGGAUGGAUGCCGCACGCUCGCGAAAGGUCGCGCACCUUUGUUUCACGCAGACAAUCACGACGUUUCCUUUGACCUGACAAGGCGGCCGACGUACGACGGCGGCUUCAUCGAAGACGAAAGUGGGGGCCCUCCCUCGAGCAUCUCACCAGAAGGGGAGAUCGAGCCCGUCUAUGAAGCCCUGGCUGUGGCAGCCUUACGUCGAGUGUGUGACAUUUCGCGCAGCAUAGCGCCGACUUUUGUCUCGCUACCAUCACAGAAUCAUGGCGUUCCCGCGCAGCCGGCUCUGAGGGCGUUGGAGGAAUUGCAGCAGUGGUGGCGCGAGCUGCCAGAGCCCGUUCGCUUUCGACAGCAGCUUCCGAUCAACUGGCGCCUGGGUAGAGAUGCUCGACCUUACGGGUAUCAGCUCCAGAAGCUCCUCCGCAGCCUCAACGCCGAGAUGGUCUACCACGGUCAGAUACUCUCGUGCGUCAAUUCGUGCUUCCAGGCCGGUCUGCGAGGCGAGGACGAGGACACCACGCCUACGCUCGGUUUCUUCGCUGACGCAGCCUUCACAAGUUUGCUUCAAGUUGCUGACGUGUGUGAGCAGGCAGCGAGCAUCGGCGUCCUUCGCUGCUCGCCCGUCAUGUGUCGCAACCUGCCCAGCAGCUAUGCUCUCUGGACGUGUGGUGCCGUCGGGCAGCAUCUUCAGGGGGACGCACAAUCGCCGCUGGCUGUAGCGGGGUCACCCCCAACACAUCACGCACUGCUGACCGCAUGUGAGCGGAUAUGCAAGGCAAUUGCGACCGUAGACUCUGCGAAAGGGACGUCAGCAUUCGUUGAGGCGCUGCGUGGGGCGAUUGAGAGAGUGAGGGUCGCGAAGGGCACGGAAGCAGCAGGCAUUGAGGAGGCGUCGGUGACAACGCUGCCAGACGACCUUUUGUCGCUCUUUCUUCAGCAACAGGCGCAGAGCGAGGAGGCUGAAGCGGAUGCGGCGACAAUCUUGGACCGCUUUCUAUCGUAGAGCUGGGCACGUGCGCCAAUGCAAUGGAUCUUGCCGCCCCGGUCGCGCGCGCAGCGAAC